CACACGUACCACUUGAAUAUAUUGACUAGAGAACUAGGACUGUUAGUGCUUAUACCGCUACUCCCCUCAUUUUCCCAUAUUUGAACAGUUGUAGUGUACCACUUCAUCCCUACGCAACACCAAUCAGUUCCACAAGUUCAAGCUUCUUGCCGUCCUUCACGUCUGAUCCUAUGCCUCCUCAUAUAAGAUCUACCAUUUACACAGAAAUGUGGGCAACAUCAAACGGUGUUAGCCAGCUAUUCAAAGCAUUAGUACUGGUAUCGGCUUUCAUGACAUCAAGUCGAGAUCAACCUCAAUACCAAGAGAAAGAUCCAAAAAUCCAUCAACCAGCAUACCCACAGAGCACCUCACCUCGGCUUUCUCAUGAACCGAACCAGAAUGACCACCUGUACUCAAUACCCAGACCGAUAUAUCCAUGGACGUCUCCGCCUGCGUCGUUACCUGGUCCAUACGAUACACGUUACUAUCCCCUCCCAACCAUUCGAAGACACUCCUAUGAUCCAUCCACAACGACUCCGGACGAAAUAUCAACAGUCUCGUUUACACGUCGCAUCUCCAUAAAUAGCAUUUCGGCCUGCGAAUCGAUCCUCAACGGCACAACAGCAACCUCGAGCGAAGGCUGGCGACGUACACAGUGGACUGUCUCCGGGGGUUGAACUAUGUCGUACCACUCCUGCCUGAGCAGAAAAGAUCAAUCCAAUAUCAAGACGCAGACGCCUCCAACCAUGUUAUGGUACCUCGGCAAAAGACCAACGACCGAGCAACGUCCAGUCGAAAAAA